AUGUCAUCAUUGAGACAAAGAACCAUAGCCAUUGAAAUGGAUGAGGGAACCUAUAUACAUGCGCUCGACAAUGGUCUUUUUACCCUGGGAGCUCCACACAAAGAAGCAAAUGUCAAAUUUAUUUUCAAAUGUUUUUUCUCCAAUAUUGAUGAGGGCCCUAGUCCUCCAGAGCAGUUUAUGGCUGUCAAAUUAUCUGAUUCCAGAAUCGCCCUGAAAUCUGGCUAUGGAAAAUAUCUUGGUAUAAAUUCAGAUGAACUUGUUGUUGGGCAUUCAGAUGCAAUUGGACCAAGAGAACAAUGGGAACCAGCCUUUCAAAAUAUUAGAUCCUGUGCUGAAAAAGAAACCACGAAAAAAGAUGACAUUCCAGAAGAAGACAAAGGAAAUGUAAAACAAUGUGAAAUCAAUUAUGUAAAGAAAUUUCAGAGCUUCCAAGACCACAAACUUAAAAUAAGUAAAGAAGAGAGUAAAAUUCUUAAAAAGGCUCAGAAAGAUGGAUUUUUGCAUGAGAUGCUUCUGGACAGAGAACCAAAUUGAAAGCCGACAGAUACUGCAAAUGACUGGGAUUUUUGUUUCUGCCUUAUCUUUUUGUGUUUUUUUUUUUUUUUUCUGAAUAAAAUAUUCAGAGGAAAUGCUUUUACAGAG